CAUUUCCUGGGCUAUGCAAGGUUCGACCUUGACGCAAGCCAAUUCACUCCUUCCACUCUCUCCAUUCUCCCACGGCUGGCAUUGAACACACUCGCUGAUCUCACACCACAAUGCGCAUCGAACCCACCAAAGACGGCGCUCUCGUAUAGCGAUAAAACCGACUUGUCGAAAACGUUGCGUACGUCGCGCACACCAUACCGGUCGCCAGAUAGGUCGCCGUACAUACACCUUGCGCCACAGACUGCGACACAGUCAGGGCUUGCAGACUGCGUAGCGCAAUGCACGAAGCCGACCCCUCGGACGUGUCGCUGGAUGCGCCCCCCGCCUCUGAGAUCGAAGCACUCGAGCUGUUUCGUCGCUCGCCGCAUCCAUACCUCCGUCACAGAGCCGACCUGAGUAACGCGCAGACUUCCAGCAAUCCCUCGAGUAACAACGCAUCUGCAUCUCGGACCCCCCCUCGCUCCUCCGACCGCACAAUAUCCGACGAAGACCGCCGGAAACGGAGGAAACGUAAUUCGCAGUCGCCUAGCGAGAGCGGUACUGAGGCCGACGAUGAAGGAUACCAGUUCGUGAAAGCUCUGCCUGCGCCUCCCUUGAGGCCACGCAAGGGUUUAAAGGGCUUUCGGGAGGAGGGGCUCAGCCCACUUCUGACCCCAACACAAAUCGAGGAAGAAGUACGAAAGUACUCUGAUGAAUAUUUCAAGGGCAAGAAAGACCCAGCACAAGCUGGAAAUGCGUCUGCAACAGAUCAGGAAGCGAAAGCAGCCAGGCAGAAAUACCUCAAGAGGCGACGCAAUGAAGUGGUCAGGAGAGUGACUGAGACGGGACUUUUGGCUGGGAUAGGUCUUCUCGCGAUCAAUGGUUGCGACUGUUGGUCCAAGCUACUUGAGUGGCAUAGAGAAUUCGUCACGCAUGCUGCAGUCAUGGCAGGCGUCAUGGGUAUCUACCCUCUCAGGCUGCUUUAUCAUUCAUGGAGAGCGGAUCCUCCCUCAGCGCUACGAUUUCGCCAGCGAAUACGAAUACCUGCGUCCUUCGAUCCAGCCCCGAUACUAUACCCAGCCAUUCUGCCGGCCUUAUUGUCAAUUUCUCUUUUCGCAUCAUAUCCAAAACCGCUCCUGGCCAAUAUCAUACUUGGACUCGCCGCACUUCCCCCGCAACUUGUACCGUUCGGCAGGCCGCUGCUAGGCUACUCCUCGAUUCACUGGCUCAUUUCGGUGUUACCACUUCUAGCUUCAGAAAACACGGACAUACCGUCCAAACUUCUUGCGUCGCGGCCAUACAAGCUCAAGCUGCCUCCCCCGGAGCAAGGACUUGAUCCCGAUAUUCUGGUAAUACUCUUCCCGCUGCACCAAGCUCUGCUCCCACCACUUUAUUAUCUUACCACAACGAGCUUGCUAUCCACGGAACUCCACCUGCUUUCCAUUGGAUUAAUCAACCUCCUCCUCUUUGCCACAUCGCCGCAGGCGGAUAUUCUUACAAUCAUGAUGUGGCUCGGCGGGGUUGGACUUUUCGUCACCUGCGGAAAAGUCCUUAAAUGGGGUGUCGCACUUGCUAGAAUCCCACGAUGGCGUUUCAGGCGCGCCGGACAGGUUAUCAGAAACCGGCAAUCGUUUCUCCAGACUCUGAACGAAAGCUUACGGCCGAAGCGAAGCCAAAGCACGACACGAGGACAUGUUUCGGAUAGUGAUGCUGACGAAGACGAAUCCAUGUCAAGAAUUCCGCUGCAGAAAACUAUCAGUUUUAAGCUAAACACAUUGGAUACAACAUACAGCAACAUUUCGAAUAAUGGACAAGAACCUCAGUCGGCGGUAGAUCCACGGAAGAUUGGCUUUGAGAACGCCAACAACGAUGCCAACGCAGUAAAUGGUCAAAGACGCAUGCGCAGGAACACACUGCCUGCGCUUAUUGCUGACGAUCAUACCUCGAAACACCGACUCACAGGCCGAAAACGCUCAAGGUCCAUUUUACAGUCUUACCUGUCCCUGACACCCACUCAGGCCAUGCUCAGGAAAUGGGCGUAUGCGGGGUACUUCUACGUGAUCGUUGUGUUGAUUAUACUUGGGCCCUUGAGAUUUGUUAUUGGCAAGUAUGCACUGCGUGGGCACGAACCAUUUGGCUGGGCCAUCAGCUACCUCUUUGGUAACGUCCAAAAGUUGCGUUGGGAGGUCUUCCACUGGAACCUUGACUGGUGGGUACCACUCCCACCAAUGCAGGACUCGGAUGAUCUGGCACAAGCAGCUGCAAAUCUUGCGCCAGCAGAGUACAUUCGCACUAUCAUCCUCGGCGAAGCAAACACUCGACUCCUGCUAUGCGUCUACUGCGCCGGCACCAUAGUCGUUGGUCUCGUGUCCGUUCUCUCGCUCUCCGCGUUGGUCGAAGUCGACACACGGAGAAAGGUGUUUCAUGGUACCAUGGUGGCGAUGUUAUUACCAACUAUUUUUAUCGAUCCGUGCUUUGUCGCACUCGCCCUCAGCCUCGUGCUCGCAGUCUUCCUGCUGCUCGACCUGAUUCGCGCAAGUCAGCUUCCACCGCUCUCGCGACCGAUUGCGACAUUCCUCACACCUUACGUCGAUGGACGAGACCUACGUGGACCUGUUGUGGUCUCACAUAUCUUCUUACUGAUCGGCUGCGCUAUCCCACUCUGGCUGUCUCUAGCAGGCGUUGAUCGUGCCGGUGACGAACCAUGGGAUGGCUGGGAAGUCAAAUCGAGAGAUGUUAGUAUGGUUGCUGGCGUUGUCUGUGUAGGCAUGGGUGACGCAGCAGCAUCACUCAUUGGCAGGCGCUACGGUAGAAGAAAAUGGCCAUGGGCUGGUGGAAAGUCUCUUGAAGGCUCAUUGGCAUUCGCUGUUGCUGUUACCAUUGGUCUUGUCUUUGCCAGGGUGUGGCUGCACUUUGGCUGGGGCGAAGUCAAUGCAGAAACCAAGACAGUUAUGGAGUUGGCUGUUGAUGCCUCGCUAACGAUCGGCAAGGCAGUGCUGUGCGCGGCCGGCGCCAGUCUGAAUGAGGCGGUGUUGACGGGCGGUAAUGAUAAUGUAAUUGUGCCUGUCGUGUUGUGGGUACUUGUUAGAGGGGUUAGACUCUAGGCUGGUAGACAGCGUAUCAAGAGGGUAUUACUUGGGAACGAAGUUACCUUCUGGGCGUAUUCUCAUGAGGUCCCUCUAUAAACUUUCUUCACGCACAUUAUCAAGCACCAAAGCAGCACUCUCAGCACUUCCGACACGGAUACAACCAUACUGCUCACUGCUAAACAA